AUGGCUCGCAAGAUCGACAUGUUUCGAAACAUCCCAAUGACGGAUACGAGGCAACAGGUUCGAUUACUAAGGAUCAUCAACGAUCACGAUGAUCCAGGUCCUCGUGAGCUCGAGUGCGAGCUCUUCGUCUGCACUCGAGAGUACGCUCCAGAAUACCAUGUCAUCUCGCAUGAUGGGGGUCAUGAUACCAGUCUUGCCACCACGACCGUCAUCAUCAACCACAGGCCCGUGAAGAUCACAAAAUGUUGCGAGAUUGUCCUCAGGAAAACUCUAAAGCACAGCCUGUACGUGGGCCAGGAGGUCAAUUACUGGAUGGACGAGCUCUGCAUAAAUCGACAGGACGAGUCCGAGACGCGACAUCAGGUGGCGAGGCUGGCUCACGUGUACCGCGACGCCGGGCGCGUGCUGCAGGUGCGCGCCCAUUUAGACCCGAAGGUGCCCUCCUUGAGUCAGCUUCUCGACAUUGAAAAGCUCCUUGACACGUUGGCACUGAGGUCCUGGAUAUGUGCCAGUGACCGCCUUGAGGAUCUCGUCUCUGAGUUGCUCGAGUCGGUGCGGGAUCGACCGCUUACAUACCAUGAAGGCCAAAUGGCACAACUACCUCAAGCUAUCGAGGCAAUCAGAAAACGGAAAGAGGCGUACUAUACUCGCGUCUGGGGACCGCAAGGCGCUUCCUCGCACCAAAGACUUUCGGAACAUUGUGGCUUGAACCGUGUACCAGUGGCUAGGCCCGAUAUUCGCCCACGCUCAAGUCAUCCCCCUCGCGCGCAUGAGAGAUCAAGUUUACGAGCCAGCGGCUUGCGUGGCCCAGCGUCGCAUGCUUGCAAUUCAAGUGGGCAUGAUACUCGAGCAUGGAGCGAGUUGCCACCUGUCGUCUCUGCCUGCGAUACGCAGUCUGCACAUGUACGCAAUGACUCGCCUCCCCGACCACAGCUCCGAGUACAGGAGCACUUGGACACCACUGUCGGCGGGCUUCACAGUGUCCGUCGACAGGAUGACGGCCUUGGAUCCCGAUCCUCGUCAUCCGAGUCUAGGGACGAUGACAUUUAUUUCGACCAUCCCAAGUCAAGGUGGAAAAUUGCUUUGGAGCUCAUGCAAUUCCCCCAACCUGAGAUCAACAAUGCCGACUCAUGGUAUGCUAGGUGCGGGCUACAAUUGGCAGCUCGUGUCGCCAGAACUCUCCAGAUUACGGCUGACGCGGAUGCGGCACGUAACGCAUGCAAGGCAAGAAGCAUCGAUCCCACGCCUUCUAGAGAAGCCGCACCGCCGUCUCGAUUGCUCAAAGAUCGGCAAUGGGCUGGUAUUCGCAUCACGGAAGGGGUUCACAGGCUGUGUCAAGCCACAGAGUCUGAUCAUGGAUCCACCACGGAUCCCAAGUGGCCACCACAGAUCCCAGCCGUCGACAUUCGAGACAUGAACACCUUGUAUCUAGAUGAAGCCAAACAUUUGCCCUUUGCACAUCUUCCCUCAAAGGCAGAGUAUGGCGACUGGGUCGUAUGGUCUACCGGAGGGCGGGAGUUGGAAGCUUUGCAAGAUGUCAUCUUACUGCUGAGGCCACGGCCGAGCGAGGGGAGCAGCCCCAAGCGCUUCUACGACAUCAUAGGACAGGGCCGCAAAGUUCCCCGACACAAUGGCUACUUUGGUGUAUCCUUUCUCAGAGCUCAUUUUCAACUCAAUUUCCAUCCCGAAGAUGCCCUGGCUCUUGCCGUACAGCUUAUUUCAGAGUAUAACUCGACUCAUCACAUGCACAUUACAAAUCUGUUGAGACAGCUUACGACGAGAGUGUGCGGCUAUGAAAGAUCAUCCUAUGCUGAGAGGGAAAGUGAUGAUUUGCUUUGCUCUGUAGCAUGA